AUGGCUUCCGCAUCGAUGGAUGCUUUAGGAGCCUUCUCCCACCUUCAGACCAACCUACCCUCCUGGAUCAAUCGCGUCUCGGAACUUGCGGUGCACACCUCCGCCAGACACACGAAAUACACCGAAGCCUACCGGCGACACACCACAUCCAAACACCGCCGCCGCAAGAAUAGCUCCGUAUGCUCCAUCCAUACCGAUGACUUCGUCCCGAUCGCACAACGAGACGGCCCAACCUCGGAAGCUGUGGAAGCAAUGACCACCAGCACAGCCGGAGAUGACGCGCCUGUGCCGCCGCAAACCGCUGGACGCAAGCGCGGCACGGACGAAGCCCCGUCGAUCGACUCCGGUGAACGAUACACCUUGGUCAGCACCCGGCACAAUGUUAUCAUCGAAUACGACGGUCAUACACAGAAGAUGCUCGAAGAGGUUGUCCGGGACAUUGGCAUCGCAAGGAACCAUAUCCGUCGGGGAAAGAUGGGGCUGAUGUCGCGCGGAGGUCUUCGAUCCAAUUUGCUAAAUAAGACGGGGUUGGGCCGUGGCCAGCCAGGAGAAGGGGGCUCACCACUGUCAUCGCUGUCUUGCGUCCGCAGCACCCGGACUGGCGGCGGGGUCGUUGGAGUGACCGGCUCUACUGGCAUCCGCAAAGAGUCCCCCUUCGACUUCGCAGAUAAGCAGUUGGAACUGGCCCACGGCCUCUGCGAGACCGCCGCAUAUCAGGUCCUCCGGUCGGGCGACUGUGGAACUGAACUCGACGGAGUGGAGAUGAAAUUCCGAAUGCUACUGGAAAUGGCCGACAGUGAGGUCGAGCGCCUCGAAGAGGAAAAGAAGCAACAGACAGAGGAAACGACGGGGCAAGCCGACGCGCCAUCGCAACCAACCGAGGAAGACGCGCCCGCGAAACCACCGCCGACCCCGACCGCCGCCCAUCUCGCCCGAUUUGCCGCCAUCGCCGCGAGGAAGCCGACCGUCGCGGCGCCCGGUACGAUCGAGGUCGAUGAUGCCUCGUCUAUAUCGGCCGAAUCCAUUGACCUAUCCGCAUUCCGGUCCUCACGGAUCCGGGUGUAG